GGUUGUCAGUCCGAUCUCGCGAGAGAGGACGGAAGCCUGUGGGAGCCCGUGGCCUUUAAAGCGCGAUUCAGCCCUUUCCUCCAGGGGUGGUUUGUAAACACGGGCUGAGCUGCGGGCUCCCCGAUGGCCGGGAAGAUCAUGAAUUAGUGACCUGGAAAGGAACUCUUAAUGGCAACUUGAGAAGUACUGCUAGUUUGUGAGAGCGGAGGGUUUCCUGGCAGCAGAGUGAGUGAAGCUCAUGGCCCACCAGCUACAAGGGUUGGCCUUUACUCCAGGACUCAAAACUAACGCUAGUUAUGCAUUUCUGGACAGUAAUUAUUGAGCAAGAUGAACCACAAUUGAAACCACAAUUUUCUUCAUGUACCACGCACUCACUUGGAUAAAAAUACUGUUUGCCAUGUCUAGAUGGAGUUCCUAUGAGUAUAAGUAUCCUUGUCAUGGAAAGGAGGAUGUGAUAAGUUGUUCAACUUAUGAAAUUCAAGUUACAUGUGAAUUCUGCCAGGCAAUACAAGGACCUGUGGAAUAUGAGUGAUGACAAACCCUUUCUAUGCACUGCCCCUGGAUGUGGCCAGCGUUUUACCAACGAGGAUCAUUUGGCUGUCCAUAAACAUAAACAUGAGAUGACACUGAAAUUUGGUCCAGCACGUAAUGACAGUGUCAUUGUGGCUGAUCAGACACCAACACCAACAAGGUUCUUGAAAAACUGUGAAGAAGUGGGUUUGUUUAAUGAGUUGGCAAGUCCAUUUGAAAAUGAGUUCAAGAAAGCUUCAGAAGAUGACAUUAAAAAAAUGCCUCUAGAUUUGUCACCUCUUGCAACACCCAUCAUAAGAAGCAAAAUUGAGGAACCUUCUGUUGUAGAAACAACUCAUCAAGAUAGUCCUUUACCUCAUCCAGAGUCUACUACCAAUGAUGAAAAGGAAGUACCAUUGGCACAAACCGCACAGCCCACAUCAGCUAUUGUUCGUCCAGCAUCAUUACAGGUUCCCAAUGUGCUGCUCACAAGUUCUGACUCAAGUGUAAUUAUUCAGCAAGCGGUACCUUCACCAACCUCAAGUACUGUAAUCACACAGGCACCAUCCUCCAACAGGCCCAUUGUCCCUGUUCCAGGCCCAUUUCCUCUUUUGUUACAUCUUCCUAAUGGACAAACCAUGCCUGUUGCUAUUCCUGCAUCAAUUACAAGUUCUAAUGUGCAUGUUCCAGCUGCAGUUCCACUUGUUCGACCAGUCACCAUGGUGCCUAGUGUUCCAGGAAUCCCAGGUCCUUCCUCCCCUCAACCAGUACAGUCAGAAGCAAAAAUGAGAUUAAAAGCUGCUUUGACCCAGCAACAUCCUCCAGUUACCAAUGGUGAUACUGCCAAAGGUAGUGGAUUGGCUAGGACUCAGUCAGAAGAAUCUCGUCCACAAUCAUUACAACAGCCAGCCACAUCUACUACAGAAACUCCGGCAUCUCCAGCUCACACAACUCCACAGACCCAAAAUACAAGUGGUCGCCGAAGAAGAGCAGCUAACGAAGAUCCUGAUGAAAAAAGGAGAAAGUUUCUUGAGCGUAACCGAGCAGCAGCUUCAAGAUGCCGACAAAAAAGGAAAGUCUGGGUUCAGUCAUUAGAGAAGAAGGCAGAAGACUUGAGCUCUUUAAAUGGUCAGCUGCAGAGUGAAGUCACCCUGCUGAGAAAUGAAGUGGCACAGCUGAAACAGCUUCUUCUGGCUCAUAAAGAUUGCCCUGUGACCGCCAUGCAGAAGAAAUCUGGCUAUCAUGCUGCUGAUAAAGAUGAUAGUUCAGAAGACCUGUCCGUGCCAAGCAGUCCACACACAGAGGCUAUACAGCACAGCUCCGUCAGCACAUCCAACGGAGUCAGCUCAACAUCGAAGGCAGAAGCUGUGGCCACAUCAGUCCUCACCCAGAUGGCGGACCAGAGUACAGAAGCCGCGCUUUCACAGAUUGUCAUGGCUCCUUCCUCCCAGUCGCAGCCUUCAGGAAGUUGAUUAAAAACCUGCAGUACAACAGUUUUAAAUACUCAUUAGUGACUCCAAAGGGAAGACCAGUUUUCAUUUAUGCGAAAUCUGUGGUUGUAAAUUUUUUUUUACUUGAAGUUAAAUUUGGCUGUCAAGUUGGUAUAGCAGCAGUUGAUAAGACUGAAUAAGUUUUUAGUCUCUGGGAAAAGACUGAUUUUGCUUUUUUUAUAUAAAUACUGUUAGAUUUAUUAAUUUUUCUGUGCUCAGUGUGUAAAUUGUAUCAUAAUUCAUUGUGGUUUAUUUUACUUGAUUUUGGUGGUGUUUUAAUAAAUGGGGGUGUUAACUAAAUCUCUUCCCACUUCCAUUUCUUUUGCCCACCCCUUAGCCCUCACCUGUGAUGGUAGUCUCCUUAUCAUUUAUACCAAAGUUCUACGUAGUCCCACUGACUUUGUAGUGUGAACAAAGUCAUAAAGCACUAGGCAAGAGAAAGAUAGAAAUUUCCUUUUAAUCUUUUUGCCUUUUAUUUUGCACAUUAUGCAAAAGAAAUAUUAGAAAACACUUUUUUUUAAGUGAGUGAAAACAUGGUAAAAACUUACAGUGCUUUUAUGCACAUUGGUAAGCUAAAUCAAGGUCAUUAAUUUUUUUUAAGAUUUUAAGUAGACAAAAAUUUUGGAAUCUUGAACAUUUCAAAAAUGACUUUAUUUUUUAAGUCUUAAAUUCAGUAUUUUAAACCUGUGUUUUGAGGCUGAAAAUAUGAAAUUAUAUAAUGUAUGAUACAGGGUUAUCAGAUACCUAGUAAUUUUUAAAACUAGCUCUUGUUUAUUUUGGGGUGGGGGGGAUGGUUUGUGUUGUGUUGUUUUGCAGAUUUCAGGUAACAAACUGAGAAGUUUAUGCAUAAUCAAGAAUGGUAUGGUUGCCAGGAAAGCCUAAAACUACUACUUAGAAAACUGGAGACUGUUUCCCCCGUUGUCGUGCUUGUACUUGCGAGCUGACUUGUACUUACUCUUGUGAAAGCACCGUCAUCUUUUAGUAGCAAGUUUUGAUAAUGUUUCUCGUGGAAAAAUCAAUAUCUAUCUUUAGAACACUGUAAUUAUAAUGUGGGAAAUAUGAAUGAGUGAAAGAGUGUUUGUGUGCGUGUGUAUGGGUCUUUCAAUAGUAUAUGCCAGCAGUCUGUGCUUGAAUGUUUAACGAUGCCUUCAGUGUGAUGCUGGCCAAUAAGACGACUGCAGAUUAAAAUGUCAUUACUGUGCAGGCUUGGAUACCUAACAUUCCAUGGUGUAGUUUGUUCUGAUGAGAUGGUUGAUUGUAGGUACACUUUUUUCAUUAUCCAGUCAUCUGUGGGAUACUGAGUUUUCUAAUGUGCCAUUAUAUAUUUUUAUUCUGCAGUUAUGUUCAAAAUACAGUACAAUAUUUUAAAUAGGCUAAAUUGUUAAAAAUUUAAAAAGUAGUAGAUGUGUGUACGAAAACUGUGUAAAAUAGUCAUGAGUCGUACCCAGUAGCAACUUCUGGCAUUCAAGCAGGAUCCCAUUAUGUAAAUAUCCGUGAUGCGCCUAGAGUAAGUUGUGCAGUUUGUUCUGCACCCACACACUGUUUCCUGCAGUCCCAGUACCAUCGCCUGCAUGGACUAUCCCACCUGCCUAAGCUACAGACUGGGUAACAUGCAAAUCAUACAGAUGACAUUUCAGGACUUUUAAGUAUGAAGUAACAGGAAUGUUAUUUGUUUGGCUUAUUAAAAAGUAGACCAUUUAGUUGAUAAUUCUACUUCAGCUUUUAUUAUUUUUACCUGAUUUCAUAUUUAAAGUAAUCGGUUUCUAAUCAUGAUUUUGUCAUAGUUAUGCUAAGGAGUUGAUCUCAAAGGCACAAAAUAUGAAUUCUACAAGAAAACUAUUUUUUAUUGUAGUUUGAAUGGGUUAGGAAAAGCCUCAAUUUUUUUUCACUCUAAGUCCUUCAAUGCAUUUUUCUUUAAUCUUAUUAUUUAUGCAAGUUAAAUUGUUUGGUAACAUAAUACUUGCAACUGUAAAAUAAAAGUACAUAGAUGUAAGAAGUCAUGUAAACGGUCAAUGAACUUAACCAAGGCUAGCAAAACCUUCAUUGUAAAUCAGUCUGUACUCUGCAAAUAAAGUCAUUCUUAGUUGUAUAGACACAAAUUCCAUUUUGACUUUCAGGAUGUCACACUACUUCUGUACCUAGCAUUUUCAGUCCCUAUAUUUGCAAUGUUACACAAACUGUACUAUUUUCCUUUAUGUGCAGUUUGCAUGAGUAAACCAUCAGAGAAUAAAUUCUAUCUUUAAAUUA